CUUAUUUUGUAAAACCUUUUUACCCUGUCUUUAUACUGACCACUACUACGGACUCAACCACUUUGUGCCUCAAUAAGCUUCCUGCACAUCCUGUAUGGAAGAGAAGGGAGUCUGAUUUGCCCUGUUUGUCAUGUCUCCUCCCGAAGAUAGGCAAUCGGCUGCUUUUUGACACUCGGGGAAACAAGGAUGGAGGAACUGGCUACCAAGCUACUCGCAGAAGGCAUUCAGAAGAAAGUGAUCAGUCCUGGCAAAGGAGAUCUGUCAACGUUUCCUGAUGGGACCAAGGUGAUAUUUCACUACCGCUCCAGCUUGUGUGAUGGCACAGUGCUGGAUGACUCCAGGACCAUGGGGGGCCGGAGCAAGCCCAUGGAACUCAUCUUGGGGAAGAAGUUCAAGCUGGCCGUGUGGGAGCGAGUCAUUGCCACCAUGAGGGAGGGAGAGGUGGCAGAUUUCACAUGUGACGUCAAGCACACAGCCCUAUACCCGCUGGUGUCCCAGUCCCUGAGGAACAUCAGUGCAGGGAAGGACCCCCUGGAGGGCCAGAGACACUGCUGUGGCAUUGCUCAGAUCCACUCACACCACUCCCUGGGCCACUGUGACCUCGACAAGCUCCAGGCCAACCCUCAGCCCCUGGUCUUCACCCUGGAGCUCAUGGAGGUUUUGACGCCCGGCUCGUUCAGACUGGACAUCUGGGCGAUGACGGACGACGAGAAGCUGGAGGUGGUGCCUCAGAUCCACGUGGAGGGUAACGCCCUGUACAAGAAGGGCGACGUGAAGGAGGCGGCCGAGAAGUACCACAACGCCAUCGCCUGUCUGAAGAACCUGCAGAUGAAGGAGCGUCCAGGCGAUGAGGGGUGGAUCAAGCUGGACCUCAUGAUCACGCCCCUGAUGCUGAACUACUGCCAGUGUCAGCUGAUCCUGGGUCAGUACUACGAGGUGCUGGACCACUGCUCCUCCAUCCUCUCCAAAUAUGAGGACAACGUGAAGGCCUACUUCAAGCGGGCCAAGGCCCACGCGGCGGUGUGGAACGAGACGGAGGCGCGGGCCGACUUUGCCAAGGUGGUGGAGCUGGACCCGUUGCUGGGGCCCUCGGUGGCUAAGGAGCUGAGGGCCAUGGAGGAGAGGAUCCGCUCCAAGGAGAAGGAGGAGAAGGGCCGCUACAAGAGUCUGUUCAGCUACGACAGCAACGCCCCGGCCACCGCUACCACGGGUUGAAUUAAGAAGAUGUUUAUUUUUGUUAUAAAGAAGAGAGGAGGAGCAUUUGUGGACACAUUGCUGACACGUUUAGUUUUAUCCACACAUCAAAGCCAUAUUCAGUUUCCCCAUGAAACAUCACUUUCGGGAUGCCCUCACAAAACCCACACGCCACUCGCAUGGCACAUAUUCUCCAUCUAGAUUCACUUAUCAUUUGUAGAAUGACAUUACACACCCACACAAAUGUACCCUCCACACCAACAGACUUUCAAUGUUCAGCUUUCCCCCUACUGCAAACAGCCAUUUACAUCACACACGCUGCGAAAGCACAGGAAUACGCAGGAGAUCCUCCACUUCUGGCAGUAUGACUGGGACAUCAACUUCGGAGACAAUCAUAAGAUAUAUGAUAUGUAUGGACACUAGAGCAGUCUCCACCAUAUCCCUCUUGUUCACCCCUUUCUCAUUUACCCCUAUUAAUGUUCUAUAUAUGACUAUCCAAGUUAUUUACUCUUAUCUUCACUUGUAUCUAUUAUUGUUAUGUUAUUAUUACUGUAUUACAUUUAAUUUGCUAAUCUGUGUCUUUGGAGUCCUGUAUAUUUUAAGAUAGGACAUUUUGUAAGGGACUGUAUUGCCCUCAACUCAACCAUCACCCCAACGCCACUUGCCUUUUGGUCAGUCGAACAGAGCUAAUGAUUUGCCAAGUCAUUGGCAUCAGUGAGUGUAGUUGGGAUAGUGGCCAUCAUUUUGGCCCCUAGCUCAUUCCUGUGUUCAACGAACUGAAACGACUGGAUAGGGGAAGGCAAUAUAGAUACGGGAAGGCGGAGGCUUGAUUUAGACUACUCCUUCCAGGCCUCCAAUAGUCACUGAAGGGUUAGAGAUGGUAAUGAAACCGGGGCGAUGUCUCACUGGCAAGCAUCAACUAGAAGGUCGAGAGCCUCUUCUGUAGGGUCCAUUUUCAUAGGCUUGCACAUCAAACAAAUGACACAGCUCGUCAUACCAGCAUUUAACUAAUUUGUCCCUUGUAUUUGUGAAAAUUGUAUCUAAGGGUCACCAUGACUUGACUCAAGUGUCAGUUGUAUGAAAUGGGUGUUCUUAUCUAGCCUGGUUGAAGCAGAGUAAAUGCUACACUCAACAUUGUUUUCAUUGGUGAGCAGUGUUCAAUCUGAUUUAACCAGGCUACUUAUCAUGCAUUCUAUAUAAUGUCUACGCCGGGACAGCCAGGAGUGCUUUUUGCAGCCGUCUUUUGCUGUUAUGUUAUGACUGAGAAGCCAAAUAAAGAGGUGCAACUCUUA